AGAACAAAACGGGCCGUUAAGCGGCUCCAGACCCAAAGUGAUCGAGGUGGAGGGCCACAUGGAGGAGUACCUGGCCUUCGACCGCAUCAGCCUGGAGGAUGAAAAGGAGCGAGCCUGCCCCGAGCCUUGCCCGAGGCGUCGCUGCAUGCCUCCCGUCUCGCCCUACAGGUGCCGCCGUCAGGCAGUGCUGGACCAUUUGUUCGACGACGUGUGGCGCCAGCUGGUGGGCUGCAUGAGCGAGCUGCUCCACCGCCAGUGGGAACAUCGCCCCUCCAGUGAUGAAAAGCCUUUUGGCAGCUUGAGUCCAGCGUCGCGGAAUUCCUUGACGUUGUUUUCCGCAGUUCCAAGCAUGCUGCCUAAACUCGGCCAGAGCCGUGCGUUGGCUCCGCCUCCGCUCGCCACCGGCUUGCCCUUCCAGAAGUCGAGGGGCUCAAAGCGCAAGUCCCGCCAGAAGCCCCUAAAGCAGAAAAGGCCGUCCAGU